ACCAUGGCACCUGUCUUUGUGCUGACCAUUUUCAUCGCUGUUCUCUGCUCAGCUCAGGGCCGAUCUACAGGGAAAGCUUCAUUUGAAAGGAGUGAAGAGGUCUUGGAAAUUGACAGCACCAGCAUCAACAGCAUUGAGCAGGAUGAAUUUUCUGCUUCAACGCUCAUUGAGAAGGCCAACAGAAAUCUUGGACAAAGACUUGACGAGCCGCUAGUCAUGUUUGGGGACAUUGCGGUAGAUACUGGGUUCAUGAACGCUGACCCCUGCACAUCUCAAAGCUGCAAGUGGGAGAAGUCCUCUGAUGGGAAUGUUUACGUGCCCUAUGUGAUCUCUAAAGAAUACUCGCCCCAGGAAAGGUCCGUUAUUGAAGGUGGGCUGCAUACCUUUGCUGCAUCAACCUGCGUCCGAUUCUUUCCCCGAACCAAUCAGAGGGACUUUGUGGACAUCCAGUCUAAGUCAGGCUGUUACUCGUAUGUUGGUCGCCAGGGCAAUAGUCAGGUGGUGUCUCUGAGUAGGAACGGAUGUCUCUAUCUGUCUGUGGUGCAGCAUGAACUGCUGCAUGCCUUGGGCUUUAACCACGAGCAUUCACGCAGUGACCGUGACAGCCAUGUUAAAAUCCUGACUCAGAACAUUAUUCCUGGAAAGGAAUCCAAUUUCAAAAAGAUCAACACGAAUAACCUGGGGACUCCAUAUGACUAUAAUUCUGUCAUGCAAUACACAAGGUUUGCCUUCUCCAGGAACAAACAGCCCACCAUUCUUCCAAUCCCUGACAAUGAUGUAGUUAUUGGCAGGGCAACUGAGAUGAGCCCCAAUGAUAUUCUGCGGAUCAAUCGUCUUUACAACUGCAGUAAGUGA